AUGACGUCCAGCACCGAAGCUCAUCCCACCAAGGACUUAUCGGUCGCCAUCGUGGGCGGUGGCAUCGGUGGCCUUACUCUCGCCAUCGGCCUGCACGAUCGAGGCGUCCCCGUACGCAUCUUCGAAGGUGCUUCCAAGUUUGCAGAGAUCGGCGCGGGCAUUUCCAUCAACACUGCCGCUAUCGAGGCUUUGAAGCGACUGGGCCUGUUCGAAAACUUCCUCGAGUUUGCCGACUUUCCGUCGCGCAACCUGUUCUUCCAGUGGCGACUAGCCGAGUCGCCUGAACAGACGCUCCUCUCCGAGACACUCUGCAAGAAGUACGGUGCUGCCAGCAUCCAUCGCGCUGAACUGCUGGAUUCGUUCAUCAAGAAGAUUCCCAGCGAUAUCUGCAGCUUUGGCAAGAGGUUGAAGAGCUUGGAACAGCCGUCGAGUGCAGACGGAAAAGUCAAGUUGACGUUUGAGGAUGGAACGACUCACGAGGCGGAUCUGGUGAUCGGAUGCGAUGGCAUCCACAGUCGUGUGCGAGGCGCGCUCGAUCCAAGCACCGCCGGUCCUUCCGCAGUCGCCGGAUCCGACUCGCUCGUCUGGAGCGGUACUUGGGCCUACCGCGGUCUCAUCCCACGCGAACGUUUCGUGGAAGCAGUCGGCAAAGAAAAGGGUGACUUCUACGCCGACACGGCUCAAAUGCUGCUGGCCAAGGAUUCGCACGUCCUCAUCUUCCCCAUUCACGGUGGCAAGACGGUCAACCUGGUCGCGUUCAAAACCGAUCGAAGUCGGUGGCCGGAGCGAACUCCGUUCCCGAAAGGAGAGCCGUGGAUUCAAGAGACUUCCAAGCAAGACUUCCUCAAGGACUUUGACACCUACAGCCCGGAGGUGGUUAGGAUGCUCGAGUGCAUCGACAAGCCUAGCAAGUGGGCUCUCCAUCAAGUGGUUCCCUCGUUGACGUCGUACAUCAACAACCGUGUCAUUGUGACAGGCGAUGCCGCACAUGGUGGAGUACCGCAUCAGGGAGCCAUGGCAGGACAGGCGAUCGAGGACGCUCUCUUCCUCUCCAAUCUUUUGGCUCACCCAAAGGUGAACAAUGCCAAUUUGACAAAGGCGCUCGAGGUGUACGACAAGAUUCGAGUGCCAAGAGCGAACAAGGUGGUCGAGACCAGUCUCGAGGCCGGCGACACGUACGAGUUCCGCGGUGUAGCCGCCGACGAUCCGCAAAAGCUGGGUCAGCACCUGGUGGAGAGAUUCGACCACAUCUGGGAUUACGACCUCGACGCCGAGAAAGAGCAGAUGAACCAGUGGAUCCGGGAGAACCUCUAG